AUGGCAACACAUAUGGAACCCAGCAGAGUCAAGUACAAGUUUGUGGAAGAAGUUGAGCGCUUGAACUAUUAUGUUCCCGGAGGUUACCAUCCUGUCAUGAUUGGUGAUGAAUUUUGUGCAGGUCGAUAUGUUAUUGCUCAUAAACUUGGGUUCAGCCGGUCUGCCACAACCUGGCUGGCAGAGAAUAGAAGGCAAAGUCGACUUGUUGCCCUCAAGAUCUCCACAGCAGAAUCGGCUGAGCUAACACAUGAGAUGCAGAUUCUUUCGUGGCUAGCUAGGGCUAAAUCCAGGCUCCCCGGAAAGGCUGUUGUACAGAAGCUGCUUGAUUCUUUUACCUUCUCUGGGCCAAAUGGCACUCAUCGAUGUUUGGUCAUGGAUGCUGCUAGAAUCAAUAUCCAUGAAGCAAAAGAGGCUGCAUAUCAUCGACUUCUUCAUCUUCCUGCCGCUCGUGCCAUCACCUCACAACUUAUUCUGGGUCUGCAAUUCAUCCAUUCUCAAGGUAUUGUUCAUGGCGAUCUUCAUCUUGCAAAUAUUCUUCUUCGCUUGCCACUUGAUAUGCAAGACAUGACUCUUGAGCAGCUGCAUGCUAGAACUGGUGAACCAGCAAAAGAGCAUGUUGUUCGUGAAGAUGGCACUCCACUUGAUCCAGGAGUUCCUUCAGAAGUUGUUGUCCCCGUUUGGCUCGGACUAAGUAGUGAUGAGAUUUCCCUGGCAGAUUCUGCCAUUAUGAUUGCAGACUUUGGAGAAGCAUUUGAUCCUCAAGGGACACGACCGUUCAGUGCUCAUACACCGCUCUUGCUCGCACCACCGGAAUCCCGCUUCGCAGAGCCUGGAGAAUCAGAUGAUCAUCUUUCUUUCCCCGGAGAUAUAUGGACGCUUGCAUGCAGUAUCUGGGAUGUUUUUGGAUCUGGUCCCCCCUUUGAAGCUUUCCCUGUCACGUUGGAUGAGGUUACAAUUGAGCAUGUUGAGAUGCUUGGUAAACUUCCUGAUCGGUGGUGGAGCAAGUGGGAGGAAAGAAGUAAUUGGUUUGAAGAUGGACACAAGAAUGUGAAAGAAACACUUCGUCAGUGGUAUGGCAACAGCACCAGGGACUGGACCCAGCGGUUCACGGAAUAUAUACGGCACCCACGGGAGAGGAAGAGGUUUGAUACCUUUUCAACAGAGGAGGAGAAUGCGUUCUGUGACAUGAUGAAGUCGAUGUUGGUCCUUGAGCCAAGCAAAAGGGCCACAAUUGAGAAAGUGGUGGGAUGUGAGUGGAUGCAAAGAUGGGGCCUGCCAGCGGUGCAGAAAUGA